CCAUUACCGGCCCCCCUUUCCGUCCCCCCCCGGCUCUGCCCAGCCCCGUAGUCAGAAGAGCGGGACCCUGCGAGCACCGGGGGCGUCGUCCAAAAAUUGUACACACACACCCUACCCCCCCCGGGGAGGCCCCGGUGGGCGGAACGUAGGGCGGGAGUCGCGGGCCGGGGGGGACCCGGGCAGGGGAGCACCGAGGCGCGGUGGGGGGACGCUUUGAGCGACGGACGCGGCUCCGUCCGAGGCUCAGAGAUGAGUGCGGCGUUGCCAAAGGUGCUGUGCUUGAAGGGAACGUUGCUAAAGCAGGUGUUUCCACUCAGCAGAGCAGCAACACCCAGAGAAAGCCAUCUGUGUGCUGCAGGUGGUGUGCUCGUGAGUUGCCACAGACACUACAAAUCCCGUCCUACGCAUGGUAUUGGGAGGUUUAAAUACCUGCUCCCAAAGGAGGCUCCAAAGAAGAAGAAGGUACAGAUGAAAGCAAUAAAUGUUGGAACCGAACAUGAGUACGGAGAUGUCAACAUCCAGAUGACUUCCUAUGAUAUGUGUCUCGUGGAGCAUUUUGCUCAGUAUGUGCAUAAACUCUGCAACCGACUCUCCAUUAGAGUGAUUGAAAGCUAUGCGAUGCCCACCAAAACCAACGAGGUGCUGUUCUUGGAAGAGCGAGGUUCCAAAAUGCAGCUGGAUGCGGUCCUUACUACCCAUCAGAGGGUUGUCCAGAUCAGUGGUUUGAGUUCAACGUUUGCUCCGAUACUCUUGGAAGUUAUUCAGAGUAGUCAGCCUGAAGGGGUCCAUCUGUUAGUGAAAGAGCACACAGAAGCUGACUUCAAGAGCCGAUUAAAGUCUCGACCAGAACUUGAAGAGCUGCUGGCGCAGAUGAACUGAGAUGGAGGAAGAGUGCUCCAUCCAUUUCAGAGCCACCCCUGGGACAGUGAGGCUUCUCCAUCCAUGGCUGCUCAAGCCUCCGGAAGGCGACGUUGCCAGCACUGUACUGAUAAUUUCAUGAAUUGGAAGAAAUUUCCAAGGUUGUCAAGCAGCUUGUCUUAAUAAAGACAAAUACUUGUGUUUA